CGAAUUCGUCUGCUAGCGAUCCUUCGAGGAACAGCUUGGCUGUGCAGAAGGGGCACAAGAAGAACCCCAGUUCAGAUUCCCUUGUGUCUGAAUCCAAGUCAAGUUCGACCAAUUCUCAUCAAUUGGGCCCGGAAUCCUUGAGUUCAUACGGAAGCAAAGGGUCCCACUCUCCCUCGAAGAGCAUGUAUUCAUCCAGUUCCACAUCUGCAGACAAUAUGCCUGGACAGAUACCAAAAAAGGCACAAGCUGAUCCUUCAACUUUGAGACCCGAGUAUCCGCCUUUGCUUGGUGGUGAAGCUGUGCAGUGUACUCCAGCUAGAGAUGUCACAUAUCUGUGUCCUUACAUAGGCCCAGUUCGAGGGGCACUGACAGUCACCAAUUAUAAACUAUACUUCAGGAGCACUGAUCGAGAUCCUGCAUUUGUUCUUGAAGUUCCCCUGGGAGUAGUGAGUAGGGUGGAGAAGGUUGGAGGUGCAAGCAGUAAAGGAGAAAACUCGUAUGGAAUCGAACUGUUUUGCAAAGACAUGCGUAAUCUUCGGUUCGCUCACAAGCAGGGCCUACCCAAUGAAAGCUGGAGAAUCACCAGGAUCAAUGACAGCUAUGAUAUCUGUGAGAGUUAUCCAAGUGUCUGGGGAGUGCCCUCUGCAGCAUCUGAUGAUGAUCUCAAGGCUGUUGCCAGCUUCCGCAGUCGCGGAAGACUCCCGAUUCUAUCCUGGUUGCAUCCUGAAAGCCAGGCAAGCAUUACCCGCUGUGCCCAGCCUCUGGUUGGAGUCGGUGGGAAACGGUCUCGAGAGGAUGAGAGGCAUAUCCAGAUGAUCAUGGAUGCCAAUGCACAGUCUCACAAGAUUUUCAUCAUGGAUGCUAGGCCAAGUGUCAAUGCUUUGGCAAACAAGGCCAAAGGAGGUGGCUAUGAGAAUGAGGAUGCAUAUCCAAAUGCAGAAAUUGUCUUUCUUGACAUUCAUAAUAUUCAUGUGAUGAGGGAAUCACUCCGCAAAUUAAAAGAAGUGUGCUACCCUCUCAUUGAUGACAGUCAUUGGUUGUCCAACAUUGCAUCAACAAAUUGGUUGGAACACAUUCGCUGUAUUUUGGCUGGUGCCGUUCGUGUUGCUGACAAGGUGGAAAAUCAUAAGACCUCCGUCAUUGUCCAUUGUUCUGAUGGCUGGGAUCGCACUGCUCAGUUGACUGCCUUGGCCAUGCUGAUGCUGGAUCCCCAUUAUCGAACAGUUCGUGGUUUUGAGGCUCUGAUUGAAAAGGAGUGGCUGAGCUUUGGUCACAAGUUUGCACAGAGGAUUGGGCACGGAGAAGACAAGCACUCCGAUGCAGAUCGGUCUCCAAUUUUCCUCCAGUUCAUGGAUUGUGUUUGGCAGAUGACUCAGCAGUUUCCACAUGCAUUUGAAUUCAAUGAGUUAUUCCUUAUCACCAUCCUUGAUCACCUCUAUUCUUGUCGAUUUGGGAAUUUCCUGUUCAAUAGUGAACGUGAACGAAUGAAAGAAGGGGUGAAGGGGAGAACAAGCAGCCUGUGGUCAUUCAUCAACAGUAAUCUUGAUGACUACCUCAACCCAAUGUAUUGCAACUUCAUCCAGAACUUUGUCCUAUUCCCUCAGGCUAGCCUCAGGCAUAGCAAACUCUGGAAAGGAUAUUAUUGCAGAUGGAACCCAUCCAUGAGACCUCAGGAGCCAAUCUUGGAGAGGAGUAGGGAAUUGUUGCAGCUGAAAGCAAAACUUCUGAAGAGGGUGGAAGAGUUGAGAAAAGAUGUGGCUGCCCGGAAUGCACGUAACCUCAACAAUGCUUCUCGAGUGGCCUCUCCCGUUCAAGUAUAAUUCAGAUUGAGUGAUGAGGAGAGUCAGUCAUCUGUGAUCACUUCCAAAUUUGCAUGUUUCAGCUGGAAACCUGUUUUUAAUUAAAGAUG